AUGUCGGCGGUCAAGUUGACCCCAGUGCCCGUCGUGGACGGCGAGGCUACAACCGCCGCGGCACCUGUAUCUGUACCUGCACCCCAAAUCAAAGAGAAACAGGCCACGGUGCCGUUUCGGUAUCAGUUCCUGGCAGGUGCUGUCGCUGGUGUUAGUGAGGUUCUUGUCAUGUACGCAAAGAAAACGACUUUCCCCUUCUGGGGGAAUUCAGCCUCUAGACAGUACACUGGGAUGAUCGAUUGUGGAAGGAAGAUCUUGUACCAGGAAGGGAUCCCGGUCUUUUACAGAGCCAUUGGAGCUCCUAUACUCAUGGAAGCACCAAAAAGAGCAACCAAGUUCGCGUCCAACGCCGCCUUCGGCAGCUUCUACCAGAAACUCUUCGGGCAGGAGAAGAUGACGCAGCCGCUGUCGAUCGUGACGGGGGCCAGCGCGGGUGUCGCCGAGAGCUUUGUCAUUUGCCCCUUCGAGGUGGUCAAGCUGCGCAUGCAGAACCCGGCCAACGCGAGCCAGUACAAGAACGUGGUCGACUGCGUGGGCAAGCUGGCGCGGAACGAGGGACUGUCGGUGUUUUUCCAGGGGUUCGAGUGCACCAUGUGGCGGUCCGUGGUGUGGAACGCCGCCUAUUUUGGGUGCAUCUUCCAGAUCCGCGCGUUGCUGCCCAAGGCCGACACCAAGGCCGGGCAGAUGACCAACGACCUGAUUGCCGGCAGCUUGGGCGGCACGGCCGGCAUCUUCGUCAACACCCCCUUCGACGUGGUCAAGUCGCGCAUCCAGAGCGUCGCCACGUCCACGCACCAGGUCCGCAAGUACAACUGGGCCUUUCCGGCAUUGGCCACCGUCAUCCGCGAGGAGGGCGUCAGCGCCCUGUACAAGGGACUCGUGCCCAAGUUGGCCCGCUUCUGUCCCGGCGGAGGGAUCUUGUUGGUCACGUACACGACCGUGAUUGACUUUUUGACGACCAUGAACAACAAAACGAGGUCUUGA